CCUCUCGUUCUCUUUCCCAUUCUCUGCACUGCUUUGAUCUUUGCUUAACAACAGUAACGUCAUGGACUUACAAGGGGACUGAGGGGAAUUUUGCUGGAAGUUGCAGACCUGUGGAGCCUCCGGAGAGGACUGUUGUGUCAACACAUCAGAACUUUUUUACAGCAGAGCUCGGCUGUGUUCUUAGAAAGCUCCCACCGUAAUCAUGGGUGACAGAGAUAUGGAAAAGCAUCUCUUAUGCUGCGAAGUAGACGUUUUCAGAAGGGCAUACCUGGAUAGCAAUCUGAUCAAUGAAAGAGUUUUAAAGACCAUGCUAAAAGCUGAGGAAAGCUACCUUCCUUCUGCUUACUAUUUCAGAUGUGUACAAAAGGAAAUCUCACCUCGCAUGAGGAAGAUUCUGGCAACAUGGAUGUUGGAGGUUUGUGAAGAGCAGAAAUGCGAAGAGGAGGUCUUUCCUUUGGCUAUGAACUAUUUGGACAGAUUCCUUUCUAUCGAGCCCAUCAAGAAGAACAGACUGCAACUUGUUGGAGCUACCUGCAUGUUUUUGGCUUCCAAAAUGAAAGAGACAAUUCCUCUCACUGCAGAAAAGCUUUGCAUUUAUACGGACAAUUCCAUCCGACCCUUCCAGCUGCUGCAUAUGGAAUUGCUGAUUCUGAACAAGCUGAAAUGGGACUUGGCUUCAGUAACCCCUCAUGACUUCAUUGAACACUUCCUUUCCAAGCUUCCUGUCCCUCAAGACACCAAACCGAUCAUUCGCAAGCACGCCCAAACAUUUGUGGCUUUAUGUGCAACAGAUGCUAAGUUCGUUUCCAAUCCGCCAUCAAUGAUCGCAGCUGGUAGUGUAGUCGCUGCUGUGCAGGGCCUUCACCUCGGAGACGGCAGUAGCACGCUUUCUUCUCCGAAACUAACAGAGUUCUUAUCACAAGUCAUCAAGUGUGACUCGGAUUGUUUGCGGGCAUGCCAAGAACAGAUUGAAUCCCUCCUUGAAACAAGUCUACGCCAAGCACAGCAAACGAGCACAUCUUCAGAAAGAAAGAGUGUAGAAGAUGAGAUUGAUCUGUCUUGUACACCAACUGAUGUACGAGAUGUGAAUAUUUGACUAGAGAUGGGGUUGUUUUGAGAAGGAAAGCUAUGAAAACAGAAACACUUCAGAAUUUAUAACAGAAUGGAAACUCUCUCUGUUAUUGCUUUUUCUUCCAGCAGCCUGUGACUUAAAAGUCCAAAAACUGUCUUAAAAACAUUAAACCAUUAUCCGCAUGCCCAUCUGUGGGGUGUGCUACAAAGUGGACAAUUUUAUAGUUGACUAGUUUUUAUAUUGCAGUGUUUGUGUCUGUAUAAAAUAGACAUUAACACAGAACAAGUGUCUCCAGGGGAGGUAUUAGAUAGGAUUUACUGUGUGUAAGAAAACCAUUUUGAUAGUUAAAACUUUAUUCUGUCAGGUUUCUUGAAGUGUGUAGCAUUCAUGCAUUCUAGGCUUUUCUCUUCUUGCUUAUGCAUUUAGUCACUUUACAGUUUGUACGUUUUAUGCCUCUUUUUAUCUUCUUCACUUUACAAAUGGUUUUAUGUAACCCAGUAGGGUAUGUGUUUAUAGUAUGCAGCAUAUGUUAGUGUCUGUGGAUUACCUGCGCAUGAAGCUUUAGGAUUGCAUUUCUGUAAAAGCUUAAGGUUAGUGCUUAUAUAAUCUAUUAUACAGAGGUGCAUAGUAACAUAAUAUAUUUUUAUAAUCUUCGUGUUUUUUUUUUUACAUUACCUGUGUAUUCACUGCUGGCCUGACUUGGGCCUAAAAUGUCCAGGUUAAAUCCACGGCCUAGUUUAAUGAUGUUUGUUUCUUAAACCAUUCCAUUCAGAAGCACUUUCAGAUCAUUAGCUAGAGUAAGUACUUUCUUUUUUCUUUGGGAAACUAUAAAAUGGAAUGGUUUAGAAAUAAUUAGGGAUGCUUGUAUGCAAGUGGAGUUGCAAAGCAAGUGCAUUAAUAAAUGGCGUUAUUCGUGAAGGAGGUGGUAAUUGAAAAGUGACACUUGGUGAGUGACAUUACACAUUGCCAGGAUAAUAUAUAUUUAUCGAACUUCUCAAGUAGAAAAACAGAGAUUACACAUUUUUGUGUUGUGUAACCUUUUAAAGUAAGGCCUAAAAGGGUUCAUCAGUGCUACAUGCAGUACAUACAAUCUCUGUUUUAUACAUCUGAAUUUAAACACUAAAAUUUGUAAUUUAUAGCUUAAGGUUAAAAUGAAUAUUUAUUGCAAGUGAUUUCACAAGGCCAGUAUGAGUUUUAGAUUAGUUUGUUCCCUCGCCUUCUUGUGGCACUGUAGAUUCAACCCUUUCCAAAAAUGUGCAGUUAUGCUGUGGGGCCUGCUUCUAAUUUAUUUAAGAUCAAACACAUGCCAUAGUUUUACCUUGUAGACGUGGUUUACCAACAAAUCUUGACAGUAUAUCCCUUGUCUUUUCUAUUUAACUCUUGAGUAGGAGAAUUUGCACAUCUUGGCUAUGUAGAUUUGUUGUAGAAAGCAGUUGACGAGAGGUGAUGUAUACGUUGAAGUUCUGUUUGAGAAGAAUGUGAUGGUGGAAUGUUUGACAGAGUGCCGUGAAGGUGUUGAGUGUAAGGAGAAAAAAAUGGAGUCGACACUCCUACUUUGAGCUGCUAUGGAUGAGUUCCCAGCAUGGAAAAAAAUAACAUUGCUCUCUUUUAUCUUUGUCAUUGUGUUUUGCUGCUAUUUCAUGAAUCAUUUUUUUUAAAUUAGUUAUUACAAUGUGUAUACUGCCAAGUUAUAGGUUUUAAUUGUCUCAUAGAAAUAUAUUAUUGAUAUUUUUUAGUUUUUUAUGUGUUAAUUUUUUGAAUUAAUGUGAUUACUGCUCUAUUCCAAAAAAGGUUCUCAUUUCACAAUACCUCAUUCUGCAGUUAACCACGUUAUAAUAUUUUUUAACACAGUGCCUCAUUUCAGUUUUGCUGCAACCUGAAAUGCAUUUACUACUUUUUGAUUGGGUCUUACUUAUUUGCAGCUGAGUCACAUUUAUUGCAGUUGCAGACAUUUCAGUGUACCUCUUAAAGUACCAGAGGUGAGCUGGCUCACUUGACGGAGUGAAGUUGGCUGCUGUAUCCAAAAAUUACCGUCUUCAUGCUACAAAAAAUGAAAGCUUUCAGUGAAUUGUUGGGGUGUUUAUAAUUUUGAAAAAAAUUUGAUGUCAGCAUUAUAUUUUUAUACAGAUCUUUCUCUGAAGUGUCUCCCACAUUUCAGGGACAUUCUGUAAAGUGCUUAUUCCCCAAGUGGCACAGUUUCACUUUUAGGAUAUUGGAGAAAAAAAUGCCUGUGACCAAACUAGCAGACUAAAAGAUAGACUAAAUAAAUAAUCUAGUUGUUGUUUAAAUGCUGCUAAACCAAAAUAGAAUCAUAACUGGCUCUUUUGUAAGUAGAGUUAGAAAACUGUAAAUGUCGUGAAAUGUUUGCAUCUUUUUUUACGUCAUUGCCAACAUUGCUAGCAGAUGCGGAACCCAGGAGAACUGGAUACAUGCUGUUCAUAUUUCAGGAACGUUUAUUACUGCUUACCUCAUAAACAUCUGUUAGUGACAUAUUUGUUUCUUGAACCAUGCAUGUUGUGUUCACACAGGGCUGCAGAAGUGGAGAUGUUUUAUGUUUGGUGUCAUCGUGUAGCAUGUACCAUAAAUGUCCUACAGAAACACCAAACGGGUGACAGAUGCCGCAUAUGUUGACUGAAGUGGUUUUUCUGUAGUUCAGUUGUCACCCUAUUUGAAAGUCUAUACAAACUGUAUUAAUCCAGAUUUGUAUGUUUUAUGUUUUGCUUCUUGGCAUCAGUAUAAAAUAACACAUUUUCACCAGCAGACCUGUAACAGACGAAGCUUCCAUCAAAAGAUUCUAGAAAUAAAAAGUUUAAAAAUACA